CAGCUAUUAGUGGGCGGUCGGAGCGCGCGGGCCCGCCCCCCGCGUAUAAGAGCGGUGCGGCACUGCAGCUAGCGCAGUUCUCACUGAGACCCGUCACCCGGACUCUACGUGAGACCCACCGCCCGGACUCACCAUGCGUGAAUGCAUCUCAGUCCAUGUUGGGCAGGCAGGUGUCCAGAUGGGCAAUGCCUGCUGGGAGCUCUACUGUCUGGAACAUGGGAUCCAGCCGGAUGGGCAGAUGCCCAGUGACAAGACCAUUGGUGGAGGAGACGACUCCUUCACCACCUUCUUCUGUGAAACUGGUGCUGGAAAGCAUGUGCCCCGGGCAGUUUUUGUGGAUUUGGAGCCCACCGUGAUUGAUGAGAUCCGAAAUGGCCCCUACCGGCAGCUCUUCCACCCAGAGCAGCUCAUCACUGGGAAAGAGGAUGCGGCUAACAACUAUGCCCGUGGUCACUACACCAUCGGCAAGGAAAUUAUUGACCCGGUACUGGACCGGAUCCGCAAGCUGUCUGAUCAGUGCACAGGACUUCAGGGCUUCCUGGUGUUCCACAGCUUUGGAGGCGGCACCGGCUCUGGCUUCACCUCGCUCCUGAUGGAGAGGCUCUCUGUUGACUACGGCAAGAAAUCCAAGCUCGAGUUCUCCAUCUACCCCGCCCCGCAGGUGUCCACAGCCGUGGUCGAGCCCUACAACUCCAUCCUGACCACCCACACCACCCUGGAGCACUCAGACUGUGCCUUCAUGGUGGACAACGAAGCCAUUUACGACAUCUGCCGCCGCAACCUGGACAUCGAGCGUCCCACCUACACCAACCUCAACCGCCUCAUCAGCCAAAUCGUCUCCUCCAUCACAGCGUCCCUGCGCUUUGACGGGGCCCUCAACGUGGACCUGACGGAGUUCCAGACCAACCUGGUGCCCUACCCUCGCAUCCACUUCCCGCUGGCCACCUAUGCACCAGUCAUCUCUGCAGAGAAGGCCUACCACGAGCAGCUGUCGGUGGCAGAGAUCACCAACGCCUGCUUCGAGCCUGCCAACCAGAUGGUGAAGUGUGAUCCCCGUCAUGGCAAGUACAUGGCCUGCUGCCUGCUGUACCGAGGAGACGUGGUGCCCAAGGAUGUCAAUGCCGCCAUCGCUGCCAUCAAGACCAAGCGCAGUAUCCAGUUUGUGGACUGGUGCCCCACGGGCUUCAAGGUUGGUAUCAACUACCAGCCCCCCACCGUAGUGCCCGGGGGUGACCUGGCCAAGGUGCAGCGUGCCGUGUGCAUGCUGAGCAACACGACCGCCAUCGCCGAGGCCUGGGCCCGCCUAGACCACAAGUUCGACCUGAUGUAUGCCAAGAGGGCGUUUGUGCACUGGUACGUGGGCGAGGGCAUGGAGGAGGGCGAGUUCUCUGAGGCCCGGGAGGAUAUGGCUGCCCUGGAGAAGGAUUAUGAGGAGGUGGGUAUCGACUCCUAUGAGGACGAGGAUGAGGGAGAAGAAUAGAACAGCUGCCUGGAGCCCACUCACUAUGUUUAUUGCAAAAGCAUUUCGAAAUAAACAGCCUCCUUGCGCGGUU